AUGACUAACAUACUAACGUCAUGGAACUGUAAGGACGAAUGUCAUUUAGUUAUAGGAUCUUCUAAUGCAGCAGCGUUAAGAGUACUGGCUAUAUUGAAAGCAGGUGCCAAUCCAGUUGUAGUCACUGAUAACGAAGACAUAUCGCCAAUACUAUCAACCUUGAAAGAUGAGCAUAAUUUCAAUAUCAUAACUUCUCCUUUCAAUAUAAGUCAAAUAACGACUUUGGGAAGAGAAGAUACAGAUGGAAUAUUCGACAAGGUGUUUGUUUCACUUCCUUUAUCUAAGAUCGAAUCAAAGAGGGACAUCUACAAUACAUGUCGUAGAUUAAGAAUUCCCGUUAAUAUAUCUGAUUCCCCAGAAUUUUGUACUUUCACUAUAUUGUCCACUUACACAGAUGGAGACUUCCAAAUGGGAGUAACUACAAAUGGCAAAGGCUGCAAACUAGCUUCGAGAAUCAAACGAGAGUUAUCGACUACUUUACCCAAGAACAUUGGUGAUAUAUGUGAAAAGAUCGGAGCCCUUCGUAAAAAAAUUCAACUUGAAGAUGAGUGCGACUCAUUGCUGAAGAGAAAAGAUAUUGGUGAAGACGAUGACGAUGCUGUUAACGGAUCUAAAUUUAAUUCGUUGGUGGAGGAAUUCAAUAUGACUCAGGAAGAGAAGAAAUUGCAGAGGACCAAAUGGCUCUCUCAAAUUGUUGAGUAUUACCCAUUGCAGACAUUGGGUGAAAUCUCCAUCGAGGAUUUGAGUGUUGAGUUUCAUAAAAGCAAAAUGGUUGCAAAAAACGGUACGGACACGACCAACAAACGAAGCCUGGGUGAUGAACAAGCUUCAAUUAAAAGAGCUAAAACUGGUAAAAUUUCCUUAGUGGGGUCUGGUCCUGGAGCUGUUUCAUUACUUACUGUAGGUGCUAUUGAAGAAAUAUUUGCAGCAGAUCUUAUUUUGGCUGACAAACUUGUUCCUCAACAAGUGCUCGACAUAAUUCCAAUGCAAAGAACAAACCUAUACAUUGCCAAAAAGUUUCCUGGUAAUGCUGAAAGGGCCCAAGAAGAGCUCUUAAAAUUAGGGUUAGAAGCAUUGCAAAAAGGGCAAAGAGUUGUAAGAUUAAAACAGGGAGAUCCGUAUAUUUUCGGAAGAGGUGGUGAAGAGUACAAUUUCUUCGCCGAAAAUGGAUACAAGCCGAAAGUACUCCCUGGUAUAACACUGGCAUUGGCCGCACCUGUUUUGACAAAUAUUCCUGCUACCCAUAGAGAGGUUGCAGACCAAGUACUAAUUUGUACUGGUACUGGUCGUCGUGGAACUUUGCCUAAUCUCCCUGAGUUCAUCAAAUCGAGGACCACAGUAUUUUUAAUGGCUUUGCAUAGGAUUGUAGACUUGAUUCCAAAGUUGAUUGAAGAAAAAGAUUGGGACCCAAAAUUACCAGUCGCAGUAAUUGAAAGGGCUUCUUGUCCUGACCAAAGAGUUAUUAGGACUACUUUAGAAAAUGUUGCAGCAGCAGUCGAAGCCAAUGGUUCAAGACCACCAGGUUUGCUUGUAACUGGAUACGCAUGUGAAGUGAUUGAGAAGAAUAGUGCCAUUGACGAGAAGAAUAAGUGGGUUGUGUCCGAGGGUUGGAGCAACGAAAGUUCGUUUGGUAGCUUAAUUCCACUAUUGGGAAAGAAGGAGGAAAACUAG